GCUGUAGAGAGAGAAACACCGGAGGGAGAGAGAGAGAGAUAGAGAGAGAGAGAGAGCGUCGACCAAUGGCGUGCGAGAAGGGGGAGGGUGACGUGGUGCUCCUGGACUUCUGGGCGAGCCCGUUCGGGCAACGUGUCAGGAUCGCGUUGGCGGAGAAGGGGGUGGCGUACGAGUACCGGGAGGAGGACCUGGCGAACAAGAGCCGGAUGCUGUUGGAGAUGAACCCGGUGCACAAGAAGAUCCCGGUGCUGGUCCACGGGGGCAAGCCCGUGUGCGAGUCCCUCAUCAUCGUGCAGUACAUCGACGAGGUUUGGGCGCACCCCAACCCGCUGCUUCCGACCGAGCCAUACCCUCGGGCUCGAGCCAGGUUCUGGGCCGACUUUAUCGACAAGAAGAUUUAUGAUUGUGGGACCCGACUGUGGAAGCUGAAGGGAGAAGCCCUACAAGAAGCAAAGAAGGAGAUGAUCUGCAUACUGAAGCUUCUAGAAGGCGAGCUCGGCGACAAGAAGUACUUCGGCGGGGACGCCUUCGGGUUCGUCGACGUAGCUCUCGUGCCAUUCACGUCGUGGUUUUAUACGUACGAGACAAGCGCCGGCUUCAGCGUCGAGGAGGAGUGCCCUAAGCUGGCGGCCUGGGCCAAGCGAUGCGCGGAGGAGCGAGAGAGCGUGCGUAAGACACUCUACGAUCCCCAGAAGAUCUACGAAUUCGUCGGCCUCCUUAAGAAGAAGUUUGGUGUCGAGUAAGAACAACAGAGAAGAAAGAAGAAGAAGAAGAAGCAGAAGUGUCGUAAUCUUGCGUUAGGGUUUCGGGUUUCUUGUCCGGUUGUUGUUUGCGUCCGAUAAUAAAAAUUGCGUAUCAAUAAAUAGAGUGUCUGUGUUUCGAUAAUAGAUCUAGACUGAAAUAUUAUCAAUAGCAUCAAAUUAUUGGUGUUAUUAGAUUUUCGGUUUCUGAAUUAAAAAAAUGUACGAUUA